CAGUUGGUCACAGCUUGGUGCUAACGACACCAAGGCCACUGGUCCCUACACAACAGUCACUCAAGAGGGUGGUGACUCGAUGAUCCUUGUGGAGCCCACCCAGCCUAGGAUAUUCUGUGAUUCUGUGUAAUCCUGUGAUCUUUACAGAGAAGUUCAGGACAAUACAAAGCAGGAAGCAGAUGACACAGCAGUUUUCCUGAGGAGUUGUGCCAUGGCUGUGCACUCUCACUACUGACAAUUGCCUGUCCUUGUACUCAGCCUGACCCAGGACACAACAUGGGACCAGGAGACCAAGAUGCCACUUUUUGCUCUGAAUAGCCACAUCCUGCUACUCUGAAUCUUUUCCAUGUUCCUUUAGAAGUGGAAUGGGAAGACUUAUAUGGUCAAGACUCAGGAACCAUAAUUUCAAGCAAGUGGCAGUGAUGAAAAGAAGUUUUGCACCAUCUAGUUUGAUAUGAAGAACCUUGUUCCUUCUCAUCCAACCUGAAUGCUGCUGCAGAGGAGUUCAUCUGAACCUGGCAAAGAGGGUGGAUGCAGUCUCCAAUGCCAGCAGGAUUGUGGGAUGGGAGCCAAGAAGGCUGCUGGGAUGCUGUGGAAAGGACACCAUGCCCUGCACAGAGGUGACUUGAUGAGGGAUGCAUUCAACUCCAGCCCAAGAAUACCUUUGUAGGCAGCUGGACCUGCAGGGAUGCCUGGCUGUUUCUAAGCAGCAAUAGUCAGAUGUUUCAUAUUAGUGAAGAAGACGGUACUGAACUGAAAUACUAGAUAUAGAUGAAGAGAGGGCAUAAGGGAUCACAGGAUGAAGUAUCCAGAAAGAACUUGCAGGAGAUAUAAAUAGAAAAGGAGGGAAAUCAUGCAGCCUUUGGACAACUCUUCAGGAAUGGAGCUGUCUGUGUGAAGAGGAUUCUGCCCAAAUAUUCGUAGUCUCCAAGCUCAUUUUCCUACAGACUCUGCUGUUACAACUUCAUCUCUUUCAGAAUGGCUGAGAAAGCUCCACCAGGGAUCACCAAAAAGUCUUCAAGGUCCACCCUUUCCCUCCCUCCAGAACCGGUGGAGAUCAUCAGGAGCAAAGCCUGCUCGCGGAGAGUUAAAAUAAAUGUCGGUGGGCUCAACCAUGAAGUGCUGUGGAGGACUUUGGACAGACUUCCAAGGACACGAUUAGGAAAGCUCAGAGACUGCAAUACCCACGAAUCUCUGCUAGAAGUAUGUGAUGACUAUAAUCUGAAUGAAAAUGAGUAUUUUUUUGAUCGACAUCCAGGGGCUUUCACUUCCAUUUUGAAUUUCUACAGGACAGGGAAACUACAUAUGAUGGAAGAAAUGUGUGCUCUCUCUUUUGGCCAGGAGCUUGAUUACUGGGGGAUUGAUGAAAUAUAUUUAGAAUCUUGCUGCCAGGCAAGAUACCAUCAAAAGAAGGAGCAAAUGAAUGAGGAACUGAGGCGAGAGGCAGAGACAUUGCGAGAGAGAGAAGGAGAAGAGUUUGAUAAUACCUGCUGCCCAGAGAAAAGGAAGAAGCUUUGGGACUUGCUGGAGAAACCAAACUCAUCUGUUGCAGCAAAGAUUUUGGCCAUUGUGUCCAUUCUGUUCAUCGUCCUGUCCACUAUUGCUUUGUCUCUUAACACACUGCCAGAACUUCAAGAAAUAGAUGAAUUUGGGCAGCCAAAUGACAACCCUCAGCUAGCACACGUUGAAGCUGUGUGUAUUGCUUGGUUUACCAUGGAGUAUCUUUUGCGUUUUCUGUCCUCACCAAAUAAGUGGAAGUUCUUCAAAGGCCCAUUAAAUGUCAUUGACUUACUGGCUAUCUUGCCGUACUAUGUCACCAUUUUUCUCACAGAGUCCAACAAAAGUGUCCUGCAGUUCCAAAAUGUCAGACGCGUGGUUCAGAUAUUUCGAAUUAUGAGGAUCCUAAGGAUUCUUAAGCUCGCCAGACAUUCAACAGGCCUUCAGUCUUUAGGCUUUACGCUCAGGCGGAGUUACAAUGAAUUGGGCUUGUUGAUAUUAUUUUUAGCCAUGGGCAUAAUGAUAUUUUCAAGUCUUGUAUUCUUUGCUGAAAAGGACGAGGAUGCUACAAAAUUUACAAGUAUUCCUGCAUCAUUCUGGUGGGCAACAAUCACUAUGACUACUGUAGGAUAUGGUGACAUUUAUCCUAAGACCUUAUUAGGUAAAAUAGUUGGAGGACUUUGCUGUAUUGCUGGAGUGCUGGUCAUAGCCUUGCCCAUACCAAUUAUUGUGAACAAUUUCUCAGAGUUUUAUAAGGAGCAGAAAAGACAGGAGAAGGCAAUUAAGAGGAGAGAAGCACUUGAGCGAGCUAAAAGAAAUGGCAGUAUUGUCUCCAUGAAUCUGAAAGAUGCCUUUGCUCGCAGUAUGGAAAUGAUAGAUGUAGCGGUAGAUUCAGGAAAGCUUGGAGAACCACUCAGUCCAAAGGAGACACCUGAUGACAGCCACCUGUCCCCAAGCCGGUGGAAAUGGGCCAGAAGGACAAUGUCUGAAACAAGCUCAAACAAAUCUUACGAAAACAAGUACCAAGAAGUUAGUCAACAGGACUCCCAUGAGCAAUUGAACAACGCUGCAGCAUCCUCCAGCCCACAGCACCUCAGUGCCCAAAAACUGGAGAUGCUGUAUAAUGAAAUUACUAAAACUCAGUCUCAGCCUAAUCUCAAUGCUGGUUACCAAGACCAGUCAGCAAAGCCACCCAGGUAUGAGGAAGAAAUAGAAAUGGAAGAAGUCAUAGGUCAGAGAGAUCCGUUGCCAACUGGGCCUGCAGACGUUGUCAUGGACAUGAGAAGCACAUCCAGUAUCGACAGUUUUGCCAGUUGUGCAACUGACUUCACAGAAACAGAGAGGUCUCCCCUCUCUCUGUUUCCUGGCUCUCACUUGCAAAUGAGAUUUCCAACAGAUGCCAUUAACCUGGAAGAAAACCAAAGAGCAAGAAGUUCUCAGUUCAUACCAUUUGCAAAAGACAGAGGAUUUUCUCCAACCGACGUCACCUUUGACUAUAAUCCAAUCAACAGAGCUGUUAUCAGUGAUGGCAGUGGGUCCCAAACUGUUUCACAUGGUCAUUUUCAUUUUGACACUGCCAUGGAAAGCCCCAAAAGCUCCCUGAAAGGUAGCAACCCAUUAAAAUCUAGAUCCCUUAAAGUUAAUUUUAAAGACAAUAGGGGUGGCGCUCCACAAACUCCACCAAGCACUGCAAGGCCACUGCCAGUGACAGCAGCAGCAGACUUCACACAGGCCACCCCUCAGCACAUCAGCACCAUUCUCCUAGAAGAAAAUUCCCCCCAAGGUGAACGGCCUGUACUUGGUGCUGACGCAUCUGCACUUUGUCAGGGACCUGCUAAAAAGUCAUCCCCACUCUUUCCCAAACAAAAAAUUUUCACUUUCCCUUCAAAAGAGAGGAGGAGCUUCACUGAAAUAGACACUGGAGAAGAAGAAGAGUUUAUGGAGUUACAGGGUGUGAAACAUGAGAAAAAACAGGAUAUCAAGACAAAUUGCUGUGGGGAUAAACAUAGUGAUGGCAACAAUUUAACAGGGGAGCCACAGGUCAGCUCUUCACCCAAAAGCAUGAGCCACAACUGUACUCAAGACAUUUACCGUGCUGUGGGUGAGGUAAAGCCAGACAAUAAUCAAGAAGGUCACAAAAUGGAAAACCAUUUAUUUGCUCCAGAAAUUCAUUCAAGUCCAGGAGAAACUGGUUAUUGUCCUACACGUGAAACUAGCAUGUGACUAGUUACAGAAGCAAUAAAAACAUCUUUUCUUAAAACAGUUAGUAAUGCCUAUGAACUAAAACAUGGAAAGCCUCCACAAAAGUGCAUAAAAUGUUAUUUUUGCAUGGCAUGAAGAGUUGUUUAGUUUAAAUACUGUUUAAUUAAAAAAAAAAAAGACUGCUUUUGUAACAAACUGAAAAAAACAGGGAAAAAAUUACUCAAGAAUGGUGAAUACAAUAAAGAGAGCUUUAUUAGGAGCCAGUGGUCUGCAACAUCUGACAUUUUUGAUCCUUUCACUUAUGAUUGUAGACAGGUUUUGAACUCUUUUAACUUUUUUUUUUUUUCCUUGGUUACAAUGAAUUUUAGAAUUUGCACAUGAAAGGAUGAAAUGUCAAUGCAUGCAUUCAUAAGGAUGUGAAACAAGGUGCUUUGAGCUUGCAAAAUGCAUAUACUUGUAAAUAGUUUGGGGUUGGGGGGAAAGCUACUGUUAACAAGGAUUUAUGGAAAAAGCAUUUCCUGGGACACAGAUACUUCCUUCACAGCGUGCUGCCUGGAGGUUUUGUACAGACUUAUGUUGCAAAAUUGCAACUUCUACUUAAAGCAUCUUACGUCUCUUGCUUUCUGUUAAAAAGCUCAUGAGUAUAUCUGUUAAUUAAGGACUACAGUAUUUUAGUUUACCUGUGCUAUAAAUCAUGAUGUUUUUGGUUUUUUUUUUACUUGCAGAACUUCAGUUAUUGCAUUUGUCAGUUUAAUUAAUGACCCUGUGAGGAAAAGUAAAGAUUUAAUGACCAGAACAUGAAGCAUUUGAUAUUUUUAUAGAAAACUGCCAACAUUUCAUAUCUGAGAAAAAAAAAAUCCAUUUUAAAAUUUAAAACUCAUAGUUAUUUCUGCGGCAAUAAAUAGUGCCAAAUGGCUAUUCAGAUAUAACCAAAAAGUUUUUCGACCUCAUAGAAUAUACCUUGGUAUUAAAAAAAAUAUUUCCCACACUCUUAUUUUUCCUUUGAUUUAACACUGUUUGCUUCUACAUGAUCUUUGAUCUCAUACCUUUUGUUCUCCACACAAUGCUCAUUCUUCACUAAUGGCAAUGUUGUUGAAGCUUCUAUGGUGUAAGGACAUAAGGGAUGGGGCAAAGUGGUACCUUUUGUUAUCACAAAUCAUAUAGCUGGAGAAAAAAUGUUUCAAAUAUAUGUGAUUUGCCUCAGGUCUUCCAUGCUCCAAAGCUUAUUUGUGUUUUUCUGUUCAAUCGUUUGGACUGACAGAAGAUAUCACUUGACUCACCAACUUUGCCUCAACCCAUCCUUCCAUAGCUGUUCUGAAAUGGAGUGCAGGAUUUCCACUAUACUUAAAUAAAGGAAAAUGUCAAUCAUUCCACUGACAACUGCCAAAGCAUUUUUCGUUUCUCUGAUUUCUCCAGCUUCCCAGUAAAAGAAAGAUGCUGAACCAAAGCCUUCAUUACAAAGUACUCAUCUAACCGCUGUCUCGAAAAAGCUAUUUUUAAUUUUAUCCAGAAUCCCUAAAUUUCUGUGCUACAAACUGUUUUUUAAAAAAGCUUGUAGAUUUCUUUAAUGCCCUAAAUCAUAAAAAGUUUAUUUAAUUCAUGAAUUUUAACCAUAAGCAAAUGUAUGUAGUUACACAGACAUGUCCUAAAAUAUGUUCCUCCUUUUCUGGGCUGAUUCCACAGAUCUCACUCAAGCCUGGCACAUAGAAAAGAGGCAAGUUUGAAGAGCCCCAAAAUAUUGAUCCUGGUAGCUGGGCCAAACAAUGAGCACAGCACAAUCAUUUCAGUGGGUUUUUUUUUAAAAAGUUUUCUUCUAUAUUUCCAUCAGUUUUCUUAUUUUUAUAACAAGAUAAUAUUGAAUUAUCUCUUCAGUCGUUCGAGUAACUAAGAGUAUAAUGUGGUUAUUUUUUUUCAAACAAUGUCUGGUCAUUAAUUCUCAAAAUAAAAAUGAUUAUUUUUUGUCUUUAAUUGGAGUUCAUUUCAACUUGUUGCUGCAUUCAGUUUUAUGUAUUUAUAUUGUAUUCUCCGUAACACUUUUCAAUCAUGUUAUGUCUCACUGUCCCAAAUUUAGCUCUUUAAUAUUUUAUAGUCAUUAAUCUUCUACAUUUAUUUUUUAGUUUCUAGAUAUUUUUGGUGACUAAAACUAAAUGCCAGUCAAUUUUUAUAUGCCUGAAGUGUUGGUUUGUAUUUUCUAUGUGCAGUUUUAUGAAAUCACAUGGGCCUGUUUGAUCUGCCUUUACAUCCUAGUGAACUGUUGAAGUCCAAAUUAAGACUAAAUGGGACCUGAUCCCAUGCUCUGGAUCCACAGAAAAUUCCCAUUCAAGACAAUGACGCUGUUCUGGCAAGACUGAGGUCUGUGUCAUGUUCCUUCUGUGUGCUUUUUCUCCCAGGUGACCCUUACACUUUGGAAAAGCCCCUUAGACCUACGCCACUUGGAAAUGGCAAGGGCAGGAGUCCAGCCAUAGGAAACAUAUUGCAGGAACAGAGAUUUAAUUCCUUAAGCUCUCCCGAGCUCAACUUCAUACAAACCUGAUUCUGGCCUAUUAAAAUCACUAGAAGUUUAAAAGGAGUAAAGUCAAGGCCUCAAUCCUUGUGCAGAUGAAUUUCCCCCUGAAACCAAUGGGAGUCUGAUGGAAAAAGGGACUGACUGAAAUAUGAUUGAGAGGAAUGAUAGUCUCUCCCUCUUGAUGAAAACCAACAGGAGCUUUAACUAUAUAAAUCAGAUGAAAGACCAGGCCCUUAUUUGCUGCUGUAUUUUAAAUGUUUUCAGAGAAGCACAUUUAUUUUGAAAGCAAAAGAAAUGCAAUUCACUUUAUUAACAGAUGCUUUAUUUUUUUUAAAUACUGGAAGCAAAAUGAUUAAGCUUUAGAAGUGCUAUUGGUGUAAUUUUGUUAUCUACUUUUGACUAUGCUGAAAACUAUUUCCAGAAGCACAGGUUUAGACAUGUGGUUUUUCCAGUCCUGACUGCAUGCACAGGAUCCACCUCUGAAUACCUGACUUGUAUAAUUCCUGAUUAAAACAUCAACUUGAGCAGUUGCAGGACUGGGUCUAGCUUUCUAUCCAGUACAGCAGGUGUAAGUGCAGGCCAGGAUCACUCCAUUCAUCAUGAAUUGAUAUGCAGCAAAUUAUGCAAAAUUACACAAGUAUAUUUUUCUGGUUUUUCUAAAACUUUGAAGCCAUUUCGGACUUACUACCCAUUCACCACAGUAAGGGGAGAAUGUGUCUGAGCUCUGGAGUCAGUCUCUAAUGCCAGCUGUGCAAUUUCAAAACAACUUAAGGAGUCUCAGAAAGAAGUGACUCCUUUGUGCAUCUGAAAGGGGUCUGACUCCUUGCAUCACUGGAAAAUGAAGAAUGUUCAGGGAGAUAGCUUUGCAAUUGAUCUAUUUUUUAUAUUUUUUACUAACUGCAGAAUCCUGAAUCAAAGUUUUAAUUCCUUUUUCAAUGAUGAAACCAAAUGCACAUAUUUAAAAAAUGUUCUAAUGAGUAAUUAGAAAGAGUUUUUGAGUAAUAAUCACAUUAAUCCAAAUCUAGGUGGCGGGUGGGGGGAAUAAUGUAUCGCACAAACUGCAAAGGAAGUUCCUACAGGAAAGCUGUUUACAGGGGAAGUAUGAAAUGUAAAGAAUGUAACAUGGUGUAGGAAGUUUUUGCACUACCGAAUUUAUAUAAAAUACACUUUUUUUAAAUGAAAACACAAAAGGCCUUUUAAUGCUACAUGGUAUAGACUAUAGAAGCCUCUGUGCUAAUGCAGCAGUCUAAUGCACUGUGUCCUCAACUUCACAAUUGGUCUCAAAAUUCAAACAUUAGUGUUGUUAGAGAGGUGAUAUCUGAUCUAACACUAGAGCAAUGGACAUGAAGAGCCUUUUAGCACACUAUUAUGUAACUCAAAAUGUGUAUAGACAGUUGUAUUUUUGCCUAUAACAUUCAUAAAUCAAAAUAACGAUUGGCUUCAUGAGUCAUUUCCUAACAGGUAAUACUGGGCAAUGUAUUUGUAUUUCUUGAAAAACAAUGAGUUCUUUUAAAAGUAGACCCCUUCCCCUACAUGUUAUCUGAGCUUCUGUCUCCUUCAAGAUUUACCUUCAAGUUAUUUAAAUAAGUGCUUCAAUCUCAUCUCUAAACUGCAGUCCAGUAAAAAAGCCAGUUUUUCUUCUUGAAUCUCAAUUGCAUACAGUCAGAUUGGUAAAAAUGUCCAGAGUUUAACUGAUUGGCUUUUUGAUUCAAAUACCUUUUGAAUCACUUGGAUAGAAAAUAUACAUUUUGAUCAGGCAAACAUAUAUUAGAAGUAAAAUAAUGCAACAAAUAUGCCUUUGUUUUCCUAAGUCUCCAGCACAGAUCAAGCAAGAAAUGCAAAUACAACAAAGGGGGAAAGAAGGGCAGAAAACCGUAAGUAAACAAGGCACAUUUUAGUGUACUAUAUAAAAAGAGACAUAAUAAAAUGUAAAGGAAUCCUUGUUCACACUAAAUGAAGUAAAAAUGCCAGUAACAAAAGAUUUAAUUCCACUUCUUCUCCAUCAUAAUUUUAAACCUAGAACCAACAGGUUCAGCAAUGCUAUUUUCCAGUCACCUGUCACAUGAAUAUUUGAUCUGUAAUCAUUUUUCAGAAAACUUUGCUGAAAAAUAAGGUCUCACAUGUUGGUGUCUCUGCUGAUCUUUGGAUCUCUUGCGCUUUCCCUCCCAACAUCAACCUUCUCUUCUUCUAGGGAGUGGUCAGAAAGCAACGCACCCAACAAGAUGAUAGGUGUGUCUUGCUUGUCAGGAAAAUGUUUUGGUAGUGUGGUAGAUGAUGCAUUUGAACCAAGGAACAAGAACUGAAUGUCACUUCUCCCUGUUUUCUAGUUGUAAAGUGCUCUGAAUUCUCCAGUGUACCCACUGGAGAAUCACCAGGAUCACCCUUCAUGCAAGAGCUUUCAGUGUUCUUGCAAUAACUUUUUUAAAAGCAGUUGACUGGUAAAUGCUAUUAAGAGAGCCAUUGGUCUAAGUGUGAAUACUUGUCUUUUGUCCAGCCUGGUUUUAUUAGUGGUACUCAGCUUUAAUUCCAGCUGAAAUGCUUUCUAAAACAGAUCAGGUGUUCUGGGAGACAAACCCUUUGCAGGUUCUCUGCCAGUUUCCUUAGCCAACUGGCAGGCAAAAAUGAAAGAAAAAAUUUGUUUGCAUUGUGUGGUGGUUUUUCUUGUUCAGUGAUCAUACACCAUGGGACAUCUGCAGGGGGGUAGUAUACUUGUUUUUGUAUUUAUUUUGUUCCAGGUUUAAACAGUAUUUUUUUGAAUGCUGAAUUAUGAUAUUUAGGAAGAAUUACCCUUUAGUAAAAUUGAGAUUUCCACCAAAAGAGCAGUGGUAAUCCUAUAUUAUUAUUGAUUGAUACUUAGUUUUCUUUUUGACAAAUAAUGCAUAUCCUGAUGAAUACCACUUUGGAACAAGGAAGCAGCACACAAAUAUUACUGUUCUUUUUACUUAAAAGUAACUAAAAAACAUAGUAUUAGCUAACAUUUAAUCCAAAAUUAUUAUUAUAAGGCUAUUAGUUGAUUAUACCUAUCAGCUAAACAGAAUGGUGACCUGUCAUUACCUGAGACAUUGACUGUAGUCCUGUGAUUAACAUAAACCAUGAAUCUAAGAGCAGUCUGUGUAAUUAAUUUCAUUAGGGCAAUUUUUUAACUCAAAUAACUAUUUAAAUACAUAUUUAGCAUCAACAGGAAUAAUGUAUGUUUCUAAAUCUGGAAGUCUCUGGCUAUGUUUACACUGGCAUCUUAGAGAAAAUCAGGAGAGCUCUCUUGACAUGAAUCUCUCAGCUACCCCUGCUUCUCAUGCUUUGCUUCACACAACCAAGCAAUCCUGCACCAUGCAAAUUGCUUCUACUUUUAGGUGAGGCUGAACCAGAAAACUUCUUCCAUGCACCAGCUAUGCUGCAGGCAGGACAAAGCAUUCAGGCCCUGAUAACAGAUGAGAAUGAGUCCAAAAAUUGUACCUGGAUAGUGUAAACUGUCAGCACACUGUUUUCCUCAACAAAUCUGCUUGUAUUGUACAACUUGCUAAUGUAGACAUAGAUCUCUACAAUGGUUACUGUCUUCAGUCCAUGUAGCUCUUGGCUAAAUCACUUAUUCAAGCAAAUUUUGCUGUUUCCAUCAGUGGUAUUGCAUAAAAAAAGCAAUAUAUAGCCAAAGUUUAAAUUGUUCUCAGUGCGUUCCCCAAGUCAACCCACAUAAAAUCAUUUAAACAACAAAUUCCUGAUACCCUUUGGAUAGUAGUGUUUAGUAGUUUGGACCAAACUCUGUAUACUGCAUAUUUCUUCAGUCAAUUUACUCUAAAGUUGGUGUUACACUUGAUGAAGACAGUACAGACAGCACUAGACUUACUCCAGAAUCAGUGGAAUGAUUAAACUGAUUGCAAAUAGCUUUAUUUCACUUAACAGUAACCCUUAUUUUAUACCACUAUGAAUAAAAGCAAAUUGUUGUUCAUUGAUGGAGGAUCAGAAGCCCAGGUUGAGUAUUUUGUGCCUAUUUGCCAUGUCUAGAUAUCUUCCUAUUUGGAUCAACAGCUAAAAUGAUUUAAAUUGAGAAACUAGUAAGGUUUGGGUUGCGUGCUCUGUUGCUCUGAUGUCUGGGGCAUACCUUGUACAGUAAUGAAAGGAACAAAAAGCCAAUUCCUUAUCUUACGUCUUUUAACCAUUUCAAGGUGGAGGACAUAAGUCUUGUAGUGAUAUCUUUGCUCUAAGUUUUGCUCAGAUAGCAUCUCUCUGUGAAGGUUCAGAAUACAAAACAUUUAUGCCUGUUCUUGAAGUCCUUAAGCAGAACACCAGUGGGAAUUCUGCCUGUAUAAAACUGAAGGAUGGAGCAAUAUAUUAUAGUGUUAGGCAAAAGGAACAGUUCCUAACACACUACAAAACACAUUAAACAAAAAAACAACCUACUGUUGGGGACAAUCAUGGGUACUUCUACUAGGAUGUAGAGUUCUGGAUUUAUAUGUCUAUAUUAUCAGAGUUCUGCAGAGUUUCACCUGUACAACUCUCAAAAAUCAAAGGAGCCAUGCUGAUAAGCUGAAACAUGGAGGGAUUAGUGUACAAAGAAGCUGAUCAUUGAAUACAUAGCCUAUUGCUUUAAGAUCACUGUAAAUAUCAAAUUAAAUAUGUACUUAUUCAUGUUUAUAUGUUAUUACUGUGUUAGUUUCAUAGAUACGGUAGCAUGACUAUUACUAGUUUUAUGGAGUUUAAUGAACUUUACUUUGUAUUCCUCUGUGAAUGCUCUGAAUGCUGCAAACAAAAAAAGCACAACAGUAUUUUUUCAAGUUCUCUUGGGGCAAUAGCAGUGUCUUCACUAUUGUUCAGUUUUACAGAUUUAGCAACAUUUCAUCAUACAUUACUCUACUAAUAAUGUAUCUUUCUUUAAAAGUACUGUCACUAGGAGAGAAAAGCAUAUGUGAUAAGUCUUGUCUAAUCUCAUUCAUCUGCCUUUACAAAAUGCCCCAGACAUUUUGUGGGAGAAUAUGCUGCUUUUGCUUCAUGCAUUGUUUGUAUUUGGGGGUGGGGCAGGGGAAUAAUAGGGCAUUUUGCAAUGGUAAUUGCAUCAACCAUGCUUUUUUUCAUUAUUAUUGUAUUUGUUAGAAACAUUUUGAUUUAGUUUCUUUCCAUAGAUAAAACUUUGACAAUAGCUUUAUUUUUUCAACUAAACAUUUGAUUUCAUUAGACUAAUAAUUUCUCACAUUUAGUGGUAUUCGUAUGAAUGUUUCCAUAUCAGCUGCAUUUUAACUUCAUAAAAAAGGAAAUGUGAUUAUUAUUUUUGUCAUACUAGAUUUUGCUGAUCAACUAAGUAUUUCUGCACCAAUCUACAUAUUAAUAUGCAUGUUGUAGUCUGUACAAUUGUUCAACAUCAAAAUACCUGUUUAAUUUAUGUCAAAUGUCUUUAAAAUAAAUGCAUUGUUCUCCAUUUCAGUCUGAUAGAAUAAGCAGGAUAGUAAAUAAAUGUGUAAAUGAAUCAUUUGUGUCUCAUUUCAGUUCUCUUCAUGAAACCGCUUUACAUUGAACAUUGCAUAUAUACCAAAACAAUAAUCCAUACUGUCUUUAGGUGUCAUUACUUAAAAUUAUACAGGGAUCUCUGGCAGACAGUGUGUACAGAAAUAAAUCACUUGUCUAUGCAAAUAAAGUCAGAAUCCAUUCUUUUUUAAAAAAAAAUUAAAUGUAGUGAUUCUAAGCCUUUUUCUUCCCUCUUUGUUCAGAAUUACUGGUAAUUACUACUCCCACUGUCAUAGAUACAAAGCCUCAAAUGACUUCUGAGGGUGAGUAAAUAGUAUUGCCUGUAGGAUGGAAAGCAGAAGCAUGGAAAGAUUUAGCACCCCUUUUUUUGGCUAGUCCAACCUAGGUACCUCAGCCUAAUAUUCAGGCAGAGUGGAUAAACCAAUCUCUUGUCCACCUUAAAACAAGAAAUAAUCUAGGUUACAGUGGAAAUUAUUUUACUCCUUUAAGAUGAAUCAUGAAACUCACAAAUUUUUUUACAGACAAAAUUUUGCUGCAAAUCCACAUAUAAUGGAGAAACUCUGCCAUUCAGAAAAUUAGGAAUAUCAUUCCCUCACCUUCAAAUUAGAAAGAUUUUUUUUUUGCUGUCAACAUCUGAAUAGCACUGCAGUGGAGCAAAAAUGGAAGUCUAAGUUCAUCCCUCUGAUGAGAGCAUAGAGACACUUUAUUUUCACAGCCUCACUAUGCUGUACAUCUCAAUACAGCAUUCACUAUAUUUCAGAACUUCUACCCUUUCAGCUUUUAAUCUAAGGGUUCCCUCUAUGAAUGUGCAGCACUGUCCAUAAAUUAAAUUUGUUUUAUCUAUUCUACCUCAAACACAUUCCCAACUUCCUUUUUCCUUAAAAAAAAAAAAAACAAAACAAAACA